CCUACUUAAACUGGGGAGGAGGGGGAGGGGGCUGGUUGGAAUAUUAUCACUUCAUUUUUUCCUGCAUCUUUUCUGUCCUGGAUAUUCUUUUGUGAGGUGUAAUUCGCUUGUCCGAUGUAGUCUCAACACACGUAGGAAAAAUUCAAAUUAAUCGAGGCUUCAAUAUAAGUAUCGAAUGAUGGGUGGGAAGUGAAAAAAAUGAAGUCUCAGCCUUGGAAAUAUUGUUAUGAAUGAGUCAUUUGUUAACUAGUUUAUGGUUGCCUACAUCUAAAUUUUAUUGGCAAACAUCAUUGUCUUCUCAAUUCUAAUUUAUGUGAUGAUAGCUACAUUAAAAUCAACAUUCAAAACCCUCCAUUUAAAGAAAGGGAAAAAAGACAAAUAUAUCUCCGAACUAUCGUAAAUGUACGUAGAUACCUUCAUCAUAUUUUAGGGACAUUGGUGCUUCUGCUGUCCAAAAACUAGAGCAUAUACAAUCUUCGCACAACACAACCAUUCCACAAAAAAAGUUGAUCUCGACCAGUUACUAGACACUCCACGCAUGCACAAACAGUCAAACUUGAUCUCGACCAGUUACUAGACACUCCAUAAGAGUCUACGCAUCUCGACACCUUAAUUUAGUCUCAACUAGCCACCAAAUGCUCCAACUCAUCGCCAUUGUGUCUCAUGGACACUUGAUACAAACUUGACAUGUAAUUAUUGGAGGUCUCGAGAUGUACAGACUAAAAGUUGGAGUUUUUACUUAUGCGCUAAAACCAAGUUUGAAUGGUGAGGCUAGCCUAUAUAAAAGCUUUUUCAUUUCCCACCAUUUGAAAGAGUAGAAGUUCAAUCAUGCCAUUGACAACAAAAUCCUAUUCACAACUCAACAAUAUAUCCACACAAAUCCUCAAUUUCUUGAACAAAACCUCAAUUUCACCUUCUCAAAUCUCCCAAAUCCAAGCUCAAAUCAUCCACAACAAUCUCCAUUUCAACACCACCAUAGCUCACAACUUCAUCUCUGUUUCCAAAUCUUUAGGUCUCUUUAACUCUGCUUACACCCUUUACACUAAACUCAUCAAGAAACCCCACAUCUUCAUCUGCAACACACUGAUUCAAGAAUGUUCACAUUCCGAAAUCCCAGUACUGAAACAGAAUUCGAUUUCUAUGUAUGUUCAUAUGCAUAAAGAAAGUAUUUUUCCGAAUAAUUACACGUACCCUUUUGUUCUUAAGUCUUUAUCUGAUCUUAAGGAGCUAAAAUUAGGCAAAUCUGUACAUACCCAUGUUGUGAAAUGGGGUUAUGUUUGUGAUAUUUAUGUGCAGAAUUCAUUGUUGAAUUUGUAUGCUUCUUGUGGUGAAAUUGAGUUUUGUCAGCAAGUGUUCGAUGAAAUGCCUGAGAGAGAUGUUGUUUCGUGGACGGUUUUGAUUAUGGGGUAUAGAGAUUGUGGAAAGUUUGGUGAUGCACUUGUUGUGUUUGAGAAAAUGAAGGAUUCGGGUGUGGCACCUAAUCGGGUGACGAUGGUGAAUGCAUUGUCUGCUUGUGCUAAUUGUGGUGCUUUAGAUAUGGGGAUGUUGAUACAUGAUGAAAUAAGGAGGAGUGGAUGGGCCAUGGAUGUGAUUUUGGGUACUUCUUUGAUCGAUAUGUAUGGGAAGUGUGGGAAAAUCGAACACGGUUUUUGGGUAUUUCAAGAGAUGAAACAUAGGAAUGUGUAUACUUGGAAUGCUGUGAUCAGAGGGUUGGCGUUGGCUAAAAGCGGGGAGGAGGCAGUGCGAUGGUUCUUCAUUAUGGAGCGCGAAAAUGUCAAACCUGAUGAAAUUACUCUAGUAGCCGUGCUUUGUGCUUGUGCGCAUACAGGAAUGGUUGAACAGGGAAGAGAAAUAUUUUCCUGGUUGAUGAAUGAGAAGUAUGGAUUUCCACCUGGUGUGAAACACUACGCGUGUAUGGUUGAUCUAUUAGCGCGUUCAGGACAUUUAGAAGACGCGUUAAGGAUGAUCACAGACAUGCCAAUGGAACCAACGAAGAGCGUUUGGGGAGGAUUGCUUGCUGGCUGCAGGUUACAUGGAAAUCAAGAACUGAGUGAGUUUGCUGCAUGGAAGCUUAUAGGAUUGGCACCAAGAAACUCGGCCUAUUACGUUGUGUUGGCUAACUUAUAUGGUGCAAUGGGAAGGUGGAAUGACGCGGAGAAAAUUCGAGCUUUGAUGAAAGAGAGGGGAUUAUCAAAGGACUUGGGUAGUAGUUCAGUUGAACUUGAGGAUCAAAAGGAUCUACAAGAGUUGUUAAGGUCGCCUAAUCUUCAAGUUCUCUCAAUUCAGAGGUGCCCACAUGUAACCGAUGAAACAAUAUCUAAGAUAGCUUCUGGUUGCCCGUUGCUUAGGAAACUUGAUAUCAGCUUCUGCCAUCAAAUAUCUCACAAGUCUAUAGCUCUUAUAGGACAGCAUUGUCGUAAUUUGCAAAUUCUAAGGCGAAAUCUCAUGACUCAGGUUAAUCCGUCCCAACAAGAACCCUUUGUCCCGAGGGAGUACGUAGAUACCUGUCCUCAAGAUGGCGAUUCAGAAGCUGCUGCAAUAGGGAAAUUCAUGGCACAACUCGUGCAACUUGAACUACAAUUCUCCAAAUUGACUAAUAAAGGUCUAGCUUUGAUAUCUGAAGGAUGUAUAAACCUCGAGCAUUUGGAUCUCUUUGGGUGUACUAAUGUUACUAGCCGGGAUAUUGCUAAUGCCUCGUCGAAUCUGAAGCAGUUGAAAACCUUGAAGAAGCCUACUCAACUCUGCUUAGAAUCUCAAACAGAGAGGUACGGGCAUUGGCAACUGUAUGAUGAUCGUUUCCAGACGGACUCUUUCCGAAUUUAAUCAGUAUUUCAGAAGAUGGGGGCGUAAAGCGAGGCGAUGCGUUUUAUAUAGUAUGGAUGAGGCGUAAGUUUCGAGAUGCGGGGUGUAAGUCUCAUGGAUCUACGCGGAGUGUAAGUUUCAUGGAUAUUCAAUUUUAUGAUUUUAUUACUAACAAAACAAGCAAAAGUAAACCU